GUCCAAUUACUGCAUUACAUUUCCACAUCCAAACGACCCCUAACAAAAUGUCAAAGUGUCGUGUUGCUACAAAACGGUUGGCCGCAUUGGAGCUGGCCCAAGACUCGUUGCGUAGAUCCUUGUCAUAGAAUGGGCCUGCUCUCUGCUCAAAGCUUUAAAGCCCAUUAUCGGGAAGAAUGAAGCCCAGUCCAUCUCAUCGUCGUCUUCCUUCACCCGAACGUUGAGAAGAAGCUGAAGCAGGGGAAGGAAACAGAGAAGCUGGAAGUAGAAGAAGAAAAAAUGGCGGUCAGUAGAUUCUCCUCCAGAUCCAGAUCGCGAAUCUUCCUAUUAUUCAUCGCCGCUAUCUCAAUUGUCCUUAUUCUCUUCCUUUUCUCAUCUCCUCCUUCCUCUCCUGAACUUUCCACCGCCGUCUCUUCCCGCCGCCCUGAAACCUCCUUCGUCACUUCUCUACACAACUUCCUCUCCCGCCCCAUCCCUCCCGACCGCGGCGAAAAUGGUGGCGGCGACGCUCCCUCCGCCUUAGACGACGCCGUCUUCCUCCGCGAGACCGACCGAAUGUACCGGCCCCAGAACCCUAAUUACCCGCUCGAUUUGCCGAUCAGGGUUUACGUGUACGACAUGCCGCACAAAUUCACCUACGAAUUGCUUCGAUUGUUCGCCACAACUUAUCGAGACACCAACAACCUCACCUCCAAUGGCAGCCCCGUCCAUCGACUCAUCGAGCAGCACUCCAUCGAUUACUGGCUUUGGGCGGAUUUGAUAUCUCCUCCAUCGGAAAGGCCUCUGAAGAACAUUGUAAUUAGAGUUGAGAACCAGGAAGAUGCCGAUUUGUUCUACAUUCCCUUUUUCACCACCAUCAGCUUCUUCUUGCUGGAGAAGCAGGACUGCAAGUCGCUUUAUAGGGAAGCUCUGAAAUGGAUAACGGAACAGCCUGCUUGGCAGAGGUCUGAAGGGCGGGAUCACAUAAUUCCAGUGCAUCAUCCAUGGUCGUUCAAGUCGGUUCGUAGAUACGUGAAGAAGGCUAUUUGGUUGCUACCGGAUAUGGAUUCCACGGGGAACUGGUAUAAGCCAGGACAAGUUUACCUGGAGAAAGACCUGAUCCUUCCUUAUGUUGCCAAUGUUGAUCUAUGCGAUGCAACAUGCUUGUCUGAAACUGAAUCAAAGAGGAAGACCCUGCUAUAUUUCCGUGGGCGGCUCAAGAGAAAUGCUGGUGGGAAGAUACGGUCUAAGCUAGGAUCAGAACUAAGUGGAGUUGAAGAUGUGAUCAUACAGGAAGGGACAGCUGGUGAGCGAGGGAAAGAGGCAGCUCAAAAUGGCAUGCGCAAGUCCAUCUUCUGCUUGAAUCCAGCUGGCGACACUCCAUCUUCUGCAAGACUGUUUGAUGCUAUUGUCAGUGGUUGCAUUCCAGUCAUAGUUAGUGAUGAGUUGGAACUUCCUUUUGAAGGAAUUCUUGAUUACAGAAAGUUUCUUAAGGGUUCUCAAUCCAGCUCUCAACGGUUACUUUUAUUGCUUGUUUACCUAUGCAUCCAAUGUUUUGCUCGAAUGCAGAUAGCUUUGUUCGUCUCUUCCGGUGAUGCUCUACAACCAGGUUGGCUACUGAAGUUCUUAAGAAGUGUCAGUCGUGCUGAGAUCAAACAGAUGCAAGCAAACCUUGCAAAGUACGCGAGGCAUUUUGUGUAUUCGAGUCCGGCUCAACCAUUGGGACCUGAAGACUUGACCUGGAGAAUGAUGGCCGGGAAAGUGGUGAAUAUUAAGCUGCACACUCGAAGAUCUCAGCGAGUGGUGAAGGAGUCCAGAAGUAUAUGCACUUGUGAUUGUAGACGGCCGGCCGCAAACGCUACUGUACAAGUCCGGUAACUGGCAGCUGGCCUCCUUGCGUCGAGUUCUGCUAAUAGGAUUGCUCAUAUCCUUCUAUUGCCCAUACAAACAUGGACUUUAUUGGUCUCUUUUGAUCUCCGAGUUUAGCUUUUUCAUUUGAUCCAUUAUUACUCAGUUCUUUGAUCUAAAAAUUUGGCCCUGACUACCACUUCCAACCUUACACUCUGUAGUUCUACAAUUUUCUUCACAGAAGGCACAACUAUGUCGGAUUGUUGUAUUUUGAAUAGCUCUACCUUUUUUUUUUUUAUCAUAGGUACGAUUUCUUGCAAAUACAUGCAUGGCCUUUCAAUAUAUGCGAUGCAUUAUAACACAAAAUUGGAUUGUAAUGAUAGUUAUGGUUGUUUGUUUGAUACCUAACAAAAUCUGCAUUUUCCAAAUUAUCUCCGAGUUAAUUGAUAAAAACUUCUGCAUUUUAUUUAAUGGGAU